CGCGCGCGCCAGGCCCUGCCUACUCCGCCCGAGCUCGAGCUCGCCGGCUUCCUGUGUCUCCAGCGUUCGGCUCGGAUCGGAGGGAUCGGAGGGUCCAGAGGCUCCGCCAGCCGCCACCUCGACAUGGUGUGAGGCUCCGCGCGUGCUCGAGUCGGGCUGCGACACAAAGAGCGAUCGGCGUCGGAGCGCAGUCAGACGCGGCGCGUGCAGAGAGACGGACCCGCGCGCGCGACCCACCGCCUUUCUUCGCGAAAAAGAUGGCGAACGACUCCCCGGCCAAGAGCCUGGUGGACAUAGACCUGUCCUCGCUGCGGGAUCCUGCGGGGAUUUUCGAGCUGGUCGAAGUGGUGGGGAACGGGACCUACGGACAAGUCUACAAGGGGCGACAUGUCAAAACAGGGCAGCUGGCGGCCAUCAAGGUCAUGGACGUCACGGAGGAUGAAGAGGAGGAAAUCAAACUGGAGAUAAACAUGCUCAAGAAGUACUCACACCACAGGAACAUCGCCACCUACUAUGGGGCCUUUAUUAAGAAGAGCCCCCCGGGACACGAUGACCAGCUGUGGUUGGUGAUGGAGUUCUGCGGCGCCGGCUCCAUCACGGACCUUGUGAAGAACACCAAGGGGAACUCGUUGAAGGAGGACUGGAUCGCCUACAUCUCCCGAGAGAUCCUCAGGGGUCUGGCUCACUUGCAUGCCCACCACGUCAUCCACCGGGACAUCAAGGGCCAGAACGUCCUGCUGACGGAGAACGCCGAGGUCAAGUUGGUGGACUUUGGUGUCAGCGCCCAGCUGGAUCGCACCGUGGGCAGGAGGAACACCUUCAUCGGCACCCCCUACUGGAUGGCCCCGGAGGUCAUCGCUUGUGACGAGAACCCGGACGCCACCUACGACUACAGAAGCGACCUGUGGUCCUGUGGGAUCACCGCUAUCGAGAUGGCUGAGGGCGCCCCCCCGCUGUGCGACAUGCAUCCGAUGCGGGCCCUCUUCCUUAUCCCGAGGAACCCCCCUCCGAGGCUGAAGUCCAAGAAAUGGUCCAAGAAGUUCUUCAGCUUCAUCGAGGCGUGCCUGGUGAAGAACUACACCCAGCGGCCGCCCACAGAGCAGCUGUUGAAGCACCCCUUCAUCCGGGACCAGCCCAACGAACGGCAGGUCCGCAUCCAACUCAAGGACCACAUCGACCGCACCCGCAAGAAGAGAGGCGAGAAGGAUGAGACCGAGUACGAGUACAGCGGCAGUGAGGAAGAGGAGGAGGAAGCUCCCGAGCAGGAGGGCGAGCCCAGCUCCAUCGUCAACGUUCCGGGAGAAUCGACGCUCCGCAGGGACUUCAUCCGCCUGCAGCAGGAGAACAAGGAGCGCUCGGAGGCGCUGAGGAGGCAGCAGCUCCUGCAGGAACAGCAGCUCCGGGAGCAGGAGGAGUACAAGCGCCAGCUGCUGGCCGAGAGGCAGAAGCGCAUCGAGCAGCAGAAAGAGCAGAGGCGGCGGCUGGAGGAGCAACAGCGCCGUGAGCGGGAGAUGCGGCGGCAACAGGAGCGCGAGCAGCGGCGGCGGGAGCAGGAGGAGAAGCGGCGCAUCGAGGAGAUGGAGCGCCGGCGCAAGGAGGAGGAGGAGCGCAGGAGGGCUGAGGAGGAGAAGAGGAGGGCUGAUCGUGAGCAGGAGUACAUCCGGCGCCAGCUGGAGGAGGAGCAGCGCCACCUGGAGAUCCUGCAGCAGCAGCUUCUCCACGAGCAGGCCAUGCUCCUGGAGUACAAGUGGCGGGAGAUGGAGGAGCAGCGGCAGGCCGAGCGGCUCCAGAGGCAGCUGCAGGUGGAGCAGGCCUACUUGCUGUCCCUCCAGCAGGACCAUAAACAACAGCAGCAGCAGCAGCAGCAGGACCGGACCAAAGUUCCCCAGCUGCCCUUGCUGCACGCUCACCCCCACCCGCACCCGCCCGCAGAGCCCAAAGGCCCUGCCCCCAAACCCGAGCCCGAUCCAGCCGAGCGGGUCAGAGAGGCUGACGAAAGGUUUCGAAAGAACAUUCAGGGGUCCCCGCAGGCAGUGCAGUCCAAGCAACCUUCGGCACCCUUCCAUAACGGCAGCUCUGCUGAACCCGCUCCGCCCGCUGCCCACAGACCCAUGGAACCACAGGUCCCGUGGUCGCACCCGGCCGCACCCCCAGUGUGUCGCUCCCACUCCUUCAGUGAUCCCGUUCCUAGCUUUGCACACCUCCAUCUGCGCCCCCAGGAGCCGUCCCCCCCAGAGCCUAGGGCCCCGGUGCCCGAGCCCGCACCCAAGCACAAGCACCCUCCGUGGGCGCGGGCUGACAGUGAGGAGGUUCCUCCCAGGGUUCCUGUGAGGACGACAUCUCGGUCCCCGGUGCUGUCCCGCAGAGACUCGCCGCUGCAGGGUGCCGUUCAGGCUAGCAGCCAAGUGGCCCAGAGAAGCGCAGCCAAUAACGCAGAGCCCCGCCUCCUCUGGGACCGGGUGGAGAAGCUGGCCUCCAGGCCCGGAAGUGGCAGCUCCUCUGGUUCUAGCAACUCCAGCUCCCAGGCCGGGUCGCAGAGUGGCUCGGGGGAGAGGUUCCGGGUUCGAUCAUCCUCCAAGUCCGAGGGCUCCCCGUUGCAGCGUCCUGAGAACGCUGUCAAGAAGCCAGAAGAGAAGAAGGACUUUGUGAGGCCAAGCCGCCCAGCGGGUGAUGUGGACCUCACUGCUUUGGCCAAGGAGCUGCGGGCGGUGGAGGAGGUGCGGCCUCACAACAAGGUCACCGAUUACUCUUCCUCCAGUGAGGAGUCGGGCACCACAGACGAGGACGAUGAAGAUGUGGAGCAAGAGGGUGCCGACGAGUCCACCUCAGGGCCCGAAGACUCCCGUGCGGUCUCCUCCAACCUGAGCAACGGGGAGACGGAGUCCGUGAAGACCAUGGUGGUUCACGACGAGGCGGAGAGCGACCCCGCCACCACGCCUUCCAAUGACGGCACCCUGGUCGUCAGACAGAGCGCAGGUGAAAAAAAGCAUGCUGGCCUCAUGGAGAGCAAUGGUUUUGCCGGCCGCAUUCACCUCUUGCCAGACCUCAUCCAGCAAAGCCAUUCCUCCUCCUCCAUCUCCAACUCCCCCUCGUCCAGCCAGGCCAGCCCCUCCAUGUCCCCCCAGACCCCCAUGGACAAGCUGGGCGCCUGUGAGACCCAAUCUGCGAGCAACACCCUCCAGAAACACAAGUCCUCGUCCUCCUUCACACCCUUCAUUGACCCCCGUCUCCUGCAGAUCUCGCCCUCCAGCGGAAGCUCGCUCUCCAACGCAGCUUUCGGUAAUGAAGCCCGUCUCCAGGACGCCCUGAGACAGGACCCCUCCCGAAAGGGCUCCGUGGUCAACGUGAACCCCGUCAACACCCGACCGCAGAGCGACACCCCCGAGAUCCGCAAGUACAAGAAGAGGUUCAACUCGGAGAUCCUGUGCGCAGCACUCUGGGGUGUGAACUUGCUCGUGGGUACGGAGAGUGGACUGAUGCUGCUGGACAGGAGCGGACAGGGCAAGGUGUACCCUCUCAUCAACCGGCGCCGCUUCCAGCAGAUGGAUGUCUUGGAGGGACUCAACGUCCUUGUGACCAUAUCAGGGAAGAAGAACAAGUUGCGGGUGUACUACCUGUCCUGGCUGAGGAACAAGAUCUUGCACAAUGACCCUGAGGUGGAGAAGAAGCAGGGCUGGACCACCGUAGGGGACCUGGAGGGAUGUGUUCACUACAAAGUUGUCAAGUACGAGCGGAUCAAGUUCUUGGUCCUUGCUCUGAAGAACUCUGUGGAAGUGUACGCUUGGGCGCCCAAGCCCUACCACAAAUUCAUGGCCUUCAAGUCCUUCGGAGACCUGGUCCACAAGCCGCUGCUGGUUGACCUCACAGUGGAGGAGGGACAGAGGUUGAAGGUCAUCUAUGGCUCGUGUGCCGGCUUCCACGCGGUGGACGUGGACUCGGGGGCGGUGUACGAUAUCUACCUGCCCACGCACAUCCAGACCAGCAUCCAGUCGCACGCAAUCAUCAUCCUGCCCAACACGGACGGUAUCGAGCUGCUGGUGUGCUACGAGGACGAGGGCGUCUACGUCAACACCUACGGUCGUAUCACCAAGGACGUGGUGCUGCAGUGGGGCGAGAUGCCAACUUCAGUGGCCUACAUUCGGUCCAAUCAGAUCAUGGGCUGGGGAGAGAAGGCCAUCGAGAUCCGCUCCGUGGAGACGGGCCACCUGGACGGCGUCUUCAUGCACAAGAGAGCGCAGAGGCUCAAGUUCCUGUGCGAGAGGAACGACAAGGUGUUCUUCGCUUCCGUUCGCUCCGGGGGCUCCAGUCAGGUGUACUUCAUGACCCUGGGACGAAGCUCGCUGCUCAGCUGGUAGAAGAUGCACCCCCCCCACUGGAACGACCGCUUUCUUAUCCCCAGGAUUUGAGAUGACGACAAUUUAAAAUUUAAAAAAGAAAAAAAAAAAAAACAGAACGAACAAAUGGAAGACGGAUCGAAGAAGCAACCGCGAACUGACACUUUCACCGCACCAAGCCGACCUGACGGUCAAAGGGGGUCUUCAGUACAACUUCACAAACGCAAAAAAAAAAGGUUCACAAGGUCGCAGACGACGGUCACCGUGGCAGCGGGACUUUGCAGGGUCUCCGACACAAGGAUUUCCGGCAUCGUUCAAGAAAAAUACGUUGAUCCCAGACAACGGGAGAGCCCUGCCCCCCCACCGUUUUGGGGGGGUUCAGAGUCUAAUAUCGAAAUGGUCUGUCUGUUGAAGUGUAUUUGUUUGGGGGCGGGGGGUUAUUGGACCAGCGAACGACUGUCAAUUCUCCAGUGGAAGGGCAGGCUUUGAUGUCGCCAUGGAAACGAGAGGAGAGGAUGAAUCUGAGGGCUUUUCUACAAACCGGUCUGACCAGAAUGGAACCAUAGGUGGCCGCAUGUGUUUUUCUUUUUUUUUUUUUUUUUUUUUUUUUUUUCUCCCCCCCCCCUUUUUAAUUAUAUUUUUGGGCAGGGUUCUUCAGCAAGGUCCCCCUGGACAGGCUUCAAGGCGUCUUCUGGAAAGAGUGCGACUGUCUUGUCACUGUUUUUAUUUCUCCACUCAAUAAACCCACAUUUUUUCAUAAUUUUAUUUGGCACUAUUCAUUGGUGAUGUCUCCAGGAGUCUGAGGACAGGGAGGGUCGAUGUUUCUUCUAGUUGUUUGUUGUUGCUGUUGUCGUUGUUGUUGUUCCGCCUUCUGAAUCGCAAGGACCAGACCCUCAGCCCUCACGUCUCUCCCUGAAGCUUUUAUCCAAAUUUCUGCA